UCCCCCUGCCGACAAAAGGUGUUUAAUGUCUUGACCAUCGGAGCGGGUAUUCACUGAUGUUUCAACUCUUCAGGCUCAACAUGUCCACCGUCAAGGAGCAGCUAAUUCAGAACCUAGCUCCGGAAGAAAAACUUCCCGGCUGUAAGAUCACUGUAGUCGGAGUUGGAAAUGUGGGCAUGGCGUGUGCUAUUAGUAUUUUACUGAAGGGUUUGGCUGAUGAGCUUGCUCUUGUCGAUGCUGAUGGGGACAAACUGAGAGGAGAGGCACUGGAUCUUCUGCAUGGCAGUCUUUUCCUUAGCACUCCAAAAAUCGUCUUUGGAAAAGACUACAGUGUAUCUGCCAACUCCAAGCUGGUUAUUAUAACAGCUGGUGCAAGAAUGGGGCCUGGAGAAAGUCGCCUUAGCCUGCUCGAACGGAAUGUUGCUAUCAUGAAAGCCAUUGUUCCCGGCGUAGUCCAAAACAGCCCGGACUGUAAAAUACUGAUUGUCACAAACCCAGUGGAUAUUCUGACGUACGUGGUGUGGAAGAUAAGCGGCUUCCCUGUCGGCCGUGUGAUUGGAAGUGGCUGUAACCUAGACUCCGCUCGUUUCCGUUACCUGAUUGGGGAGAAGCUGGGCGUCAACCCUACAAGCUGCCAUGCCUGGGUCCUAGGAGAACAUGGGGACUCCAGUGUGCCCAUAUGGAGUGGUGUGAACGUUGCUGGUGUAACUCUGAAGUCACUGAACCCAGCAAUCGGAACUGACUCAGAUAAGGAACAGUGGAAGAAUGUUCACAAGCAGGUGGUGGAAGGGUAAUAAUAGUUAUGCGA